AUGGGUAUUCCGGAUUUUUUAAAAUUUGCCGCGCGCAGUUCGCCGACGGCGUUAUGCCGGAUGACGAAGGGUGCAAGCGCGGCCCCGGUGUGUUUUGACUUCAUUUUGAUUGAUGCCACCAAUGCGUGUCAAACCAUUGGCCUUGAGACCCUCGCGGAGUUCCUUAUGCAACCGCAGCUGAAGGUGCGUCGAGCAGUUGUAUUUGCCAUUGACGCCCAGCGACACCGUGCUGGAACGUCAAGGAGCUACCGAACGCACGCCACAGUGCUCGACGCAGAUGUCGCCAUCCAACGACUCUGUGGUGAUUUGCAGCGGCAUUACAAGCAACUCGCCUCGGUAGACGCGCAGCGGCCACAGAUUCUUGUUAGUGGUCGCCAGGUUGCAGGGGAAGCAGACUACAAGAUUCUCGAUAUUCAAAGGCAACUUGUCAUGCAGGCGUUUGCUGCCAAGGAAGAGUUGCCGACGUUUUGUUUUGUUUCGGAGGACUCGGAUGUUCUUUGUGGGGCUAUAUGCGGGCCUGCACCACACACCGUGACGAUUGCAACGAAGCUUCAUGACACCAUGUUUGAGAUGUGUCUUCUGCGAGUCACACACGUUUUGGCUUAUAUUGCCAAGUGUGUGGACGUGCUAGGCGGUACUGAUGGAGGCGAGGAGACACCUCAGGAGCACCAACAGCCCAGCACUGAGAAUGGGGGUGUGGAGAAAGAAGAUAACGAAGGGGAAAAUGUGUUUCACCGCCGGAAGCAGGACGGACCAAUGGUAGCUACUGGCAUUCGUGUUGUUCUCAGUGACUCUGAUAGUGACGUAAGUGAUGUUGAUGAGGGAGGGAAAGUGAAGAGUUUGCCUGCUUGUAUGCCUGUGAAGAUGGCACAGUAUACUGCUGAGGCUGAAAUUCUCCAGAAUAGUUCUAUAGACUUGGUGUUUCUUUUUAUUGUUCUCAUGGGUAACGGCAGCAAUGUCCCUCCUGUUGUUCGUGGUGCAACCAAGGUGGACAUCCAGUCCUGCUGGAAUGCGUAUUGCAGGAUGAAAUAUAACACAGCGGAAUUUGGUUGUGAGGAGAUGGGACGCUCUUUGCUGGAUCUUGACGUGUUGUCGCGUCCAGUGCAACAGUCAAAUGAAAUUGCCUCUAUUGCAGUGGACUGCUUCUUACUUAGGGCCAUUCUUGAGUCUGCUCAUUAUGCCGAUGCCCACUCACGGCCCCCUGUUGAGGAAGAAAAGGAGAGGGCCUUGCUGUUCCUCUCUCAAGCGGUGUACACGACACUUCGUUACAUAAUUGCCUGUAAUGUUCAUCUUGACUCUGCACUAGAGGAAACCUUUUUAGACACGCGACCUCUGAUGGAGACGGAAGUUGUUGUUCCCAGUCUCGCUGCCUUUUUGUGGGUGCUGGGUCUAACAAAGAAGAGGACAUUUUACUUUCCUCUUGUGGGCCUGGCGGAUGAGGGGGUGCUGCUAAGUGCUACAAAGGGGAUGUUAGCGGUGGAGGCAGCUGUAGCUGCCGCACGCUCUCGCAGAAACCAUUCUAAUCAGAAUGUUGUUCUGGACUGGGAUGUGGGGAAUACGCUUGUAGCAUCCGGAACUGGGGCGUUUCGCAGGGUGCAAUUGCAGAGCCUUUGCCCGCGGUCGAGGUCAGGCGCUUGUAAAGACAUGGUGGCUUGCAUCAACACAUGUGCUGAGGAUGCCGUGAGAAACAGGGGCGUGACUGUUGGUAAUGGCUUGCUGCAGGGAAGUAAAUUGGCACUCUUUUCACGACUUCUGUUGGCGUGGCAGAGCACAAUGACGUCGCUUAUGCCUGCGUUAAAGGUCAUUGAACACAGGGAGAAUGUUGCAUCGUCUCUAAAGGAAAAUGAUAGUCAUAAGCAUAUGAGUGGUAGGCCGUGUGGCGCUGCGAUGGAGACGCGGAAUGCAGACGUCAAGCUCUCGUAUAGUUUUGAAUUAAGGCGCAUGGCACCGGUGCUUACGGGAGGUGACAAUGAGCAUCGCAGCGGCACGGCGACGAACUCGGCUCUUUUGCAGGCACUACGUGUAUCAUAUGAUUAUACAAAGGCGUCGUCAACGGCAGAGAUGUCGAGAGAAGGUGCAAGUGAAGGCGAGACGCCGUCCUCUCGUUUGGAGAGGGGGAAUAAAAAGGGGAAACAGUCUGCCAUGGGGACUGCUUCCCCUGCACGGAAGCGGCGUCAAACUGAAGGGGCGAUGAAGAGCUCGGCCGAUGGCGAGAGACGAGAUAGUAAGUCGGGCAAAUAUCGGCGUCCAGGAAAGAAGGAGCGUCAAAGGGCGAAGAUGGCAAAGGAUGGCAGGUGA